UCAUGGCUUGCUCCAAGUUUCGUACUUUUUUGCAGAUGAUAUGAGAAUGUUGUGAAGAAAAAAGAGAAAAACGUUGGUUAAGUGACGAAGACCUCGAAACAAAAUGGAGCACAUUUUAAGGCCAGGUCGAGAAUACUUUGCUGUGUCUGUCGAUGCAGUGGCAGGAACAACAUAUGUCAGUGGAACAGAAUUUGGCAGGAAAUUCCUUUUAGAAAAACUGUCUCAAAUAGCAGGAACAAAUGUCUUCGCUGCAUUCCUUAGAUUCUGCAGAGAAAGACCUCAAGAAAAGAAGACACUCUACAAUGCGAUGAAAGCUGCAGCUCUAAAAUUAAAAAAAGCACAGAAAGUAUUUUAUCCCCUUGAGAGGUCUUCUGAAAUAGAAACCGAGGAAAAGAAACUUGUAAAGAUCAUACCAGGAAACAGCAAGGAAAUACUUGUCAUUAGCAGCAAACCAAACAGAGAAUCAACUAAAGGCUUGAAACCAUAUUCUCAGGUUAAUAAACCUGCAAAAACCAGAAAGACAAUUCAUCCUUGUAAACAUGGUCCACUUCCAAAACAGCGGUCAUACUUUGAAAGUCUGCCCAAGUCAAAAGAUGAACAGGCCAGGAAAAGAGAAACUAAAAACGAAUUGGUUCGAACUUUUUUUAGAGGUGAUCAGGAGAAAGAGAAAGUGACAUUUUUACAUGCUGAAACAAGGAGGGAGAUUUCUUUGGAGGACUCUGGUGUUGAAUUCAAUGAAAACAAUCUGGAAAGUCACCAGGAUGAAGACAUUCAAAAUGAAGAAAAUUCCGAUAUGGAAACAACAGAGGAGAAUAUAGAUGUCAGCAAUCCUCUGGUCAAUACAUUCUCGUUACAGAAUGAAUCACCUUCCUUCAUACACCCAGUGCUGCCAUGUAAUGAAAAUAGCCAGCCGACAGAAGAAGUUUUUCAAGUAAAGCAGGAACCAGAAUGGGAUCUGGAGAAUUUGGGAGAUAACGGCCUAGGUCAAGAAUUAGAGACUCAGACAAGCAGUGGAGAAAAGGAACAUCAAAUGGAAACAGAGACCAACACAGAGGAGUGUAAUAUACAAGACCAGGGUAUAGGUGAAGCAAGCUCUACUAUUGAAGAGAGUCUACACAGUACAGAGUUCAACGAUGACCUGGUUAUUAAACAGGAACCGGACUGGGAGGAGCCAGAGGAAGAGAAUGGUACAAUGAAUCAGAGAAAUGCUGAAGUGGGGACCAAUACCAGCCAAGAGAAUGACGAUGAUGAAAGCAAUGAAACACCAGAUGACAGCGAGGAGGAAUCAGCUGAAGAAGAAGACAUGGAUGAUGAGACAGAGAAAGAUCAAAAUAGCACAGAUAAAGAUGAGGAUACAGGUUUCUAUACAUGUAAUGUAGGAGAUCACAUGUAUUGUGUGCCACUACCUAACAAUAAGGAUCCUGAACAAGGCAAAGGAGAAAACAGGAGGAUUAGCAGUGCUUUAAUGAAGUUGCAGCAGGCAAGAGAGGAGAAAGAAUCCAAAGAACAAGAGGAAGAGAAAUUGAGACAAGAAGAGGAGGAAAAAUCUAGACAGGAAGAGGGAGGGGCACAAGAGGAAACGGAGCAGGCACCAGUGAAGAAGGUGUAUCUUUAUAGAUGUAUGAUUAGAAAUCCUAAGACUGGAAAAUUCUGUAGUGUUAGCAAUCUGAAAAGGUAUGAAGCUUUAAGGCAAGGUGCUCAAAAGGCAAAGGAGAAAAGAGUUAAAGAAACUAAAGUCAAAGCAGAGUCUAAUGAUCCAUAUACUGGUAGGUUUGUCUUUGAGGAUCCCGAGUCUAAGACGGGGUAUAUCGUUCGUAAAUUGGAAUGGAAAUGUCACUGUGGGCAGAAGUUCAUGAGUCAGCAUGAAUUUGCGGAACAUGAUAAGGAAUACCAUAACACUAGGUUGAGACUGUGUGCUUAUUGUGGAGAGUUUCUGGAGCUACGUAAAUAUAAAUCUCAUGUUAAGAAACACGAACCAAAUACCAGAAAUUACCAGUGCAGUUUGUGUGGCAAUAUGUAUUCUACUGCAGUAAGUCUGAAACGCCAUUUGGAGUUUUUACAUGGAGGUAAAAAAGUACCCUGCAAUGAUUGUGGAAAAAGUUUCAAAAGUAUGUCCUCGUAUCGAAGACAUUUACUAACUCACAAGAAUAUCUUAAAUCACUUGUGUAACUACUGUGGCAAAAAGUUUAUAUCUAAGUAUGCCAUGGAGACCCACGCACGAGUUCAUACUGGAGAAAGACCAUUUGCCUGUGAAUACUGUGGGCUUAGGUUUAACCACAAUGUUAGUAGAAAAACACACAUUAAAAAGGCUCAUGCACAAAGUGUGCUUCAGGAUGAUGUAGCAGUUGAAGAUUCUUGACUUAAAAUCCUCUGAAUUAUAUUACUUUGUUAUUGUUAUUCCAAAAAAGUUAAAAAAUUUUUUUACUUGUACAUGAAUUUAAUUCAAAGAACAUACAAGUUUAACUAUUGAAAUAAGUGUUCUAUGUUUAGUUUAAGAUAUUCAAUAUUUUGAAAUAAAACUUAAAAU